AUGAGCUCAUUCUCACCUUUACUAGAGUUUAACCCGGAAUUCCCUGAGGUUUUCCCAGAAAACCUGCUCAGUGUCCAGCGGCUGGAUUCUCAGGAAUCAGGUUUCAUUGUGUUGUCUUUCUUUCUUUUAGGAUCUCCGUACUAUGACAACGUGAGACCCCUGUCCUACCCCGACUCCGACGCGGUCCUCAUCUGUUUCGACAUCAGCCGCCCCGAAACCCUCGACAGCGUCCUGAAAAAGUGGAAAGGGGAGAUCCAGGAGUUCUGCCCCAACACGAAGAUGCUGCUGGUGGGCUGUAAGUCUGACCUGCGCACCGACCUGAGCACGCUGGUGGAGCUGUCCAGCCACCGACAGACGCCCGUGUCCUACGACCAGGGCUCCAGCAUGGCCAAGCAGAUCUCGGCGCCCUACAUCGAGUGCUCGUCCCAGCAGUCGGAGAACAGCGUGAGAGACAUUUUCCACGUGGCCACGCUGGCCUGCAUCAACAAGAGCGGCAAGCAGCUCAAACGCAGCAAAGCCGCCCGCGCCAACAAGAGGAUCUCGCACAUGCCCAGUCGGCCCGACCUGACGCCGGUCGGCUCCGACCUGCGCAAGGACAAAGCCAAAAGCUGCUCGGUCAUGUGA